GCCCGGGGGCGGUCCGGCCCAGCCGGCGAUGGCGCAUAAAGCCGCUGGCCACCUGCUGGGCUUCUCCUUGGAGCGCCGCCGUCCGGGCCCCGCCGUGCCGCUGCGGCCCGCGUUCCCGGAGUGCCGGCCUCUGUCGCGUCCGUCGCGGUCCCCGUCCCCCGCCAGGCGCCGAGCCCUGCGAGCUCCGGGCGGGCACCAGGGCGCGCAGGCAUGGGCGGCCACGCCAAAGCGCGCGGGGCGGCCGCGGCGCUGGGCGUCCUGGGGCUGCUGUGCGCCGUGCUGGGCGCCGUCAUGAUCGCGCUGUUGCCCUCGCUCAUCGAGCAGCAGGUCCUCAAGAACGUGCGCAUCCACCCCAGCAGCCUGUCCUUCAACAUGUGGAAGGACAUCCCCGUCCCCUUCUACCUGUCCGUCUACUUCUUCAACGUCCUCAACCCCGACGAGGUCCUGAAGGGCGAGAAGCCGCAGGUGCAGGAGCUGGGGCCCUACGUGUACAGGGAGUUCCGGCACAAGACCAACAUCACUUUCCACGACAACGACACGGUGUCCUUCCUCGAGUACCGCUCCUACCAGUUCCAGCCCGCCAAGUCCCGCGGCUCGGAGAGCGACUACGUCGUCGUACCCAACAUCCUGGUCAUGAGUGCCUCGAUGAUGAUGGAGGACAGGCCCAUGAGCCUGAAGCUGAUGAUGACCUUGGCCUUCACCACCAUGGGCCAGCGCGCCUUCAUGAACCGCACCGUCGGCGAGAUCAUGUGGGGCUACGACGACCCCCUCAUGAGCCUCAUCAAUAAGUACUUCCCGGGCAUGUUCCCCUUCAGCGGCAAGUUCGGGUUAUUUGCCGAGCUCAACAACUCCGACUCCGGGCUCUUCACCGUGUUCACGGGGGUCAAGAACUUCAGCAGGAUCCACCUCGUGGACAAAUGGAACGGACUCAGCAAGGUCAGCUUCUGGCACUCCGACCAGUGCAACAUGAUCAACGGGACGGCCGGGCAGAUGUGGCCGCCGUUCAUGACGCCCGAGUCCUCGCUGGAAUUCUACAGCCCCGACGCCUGCCGGUCCAUGAAGCUCAUCUACAAGGAGUCGGGGGUAUUUGAGGGCAUCCCCACCUACCGCUUCGUGGCCCCCAAAACCCUGUUUGCCAACGGGUCUGACUACCCGCCCAACGAGGGCUUCUGCCCGUGCAUGGAGUCCGGCAUCCAGAACGUGAGCACCUGCAGGUUCAAUGCCCCCUUGUUUCUCUCCCAUCCUCACUUCUACGACGGCGACCCGGUCCUGGCAGAAGCAGUGACGGGCCUGCACCCUAACCAAGAAGAACAUUCCUUGUUCCUGGACAUCCACCCGGUCACUGGGGUCCCCAUGAACUGCUCCGUGAAGAUGCAGCUGAACCUCUACAUCAAGGCUGUCAAAGGCAUCGGACAAACGGGGAGCAUCGAGCCGGUGGUCCUGCCGCUGCUGUGGUUUGGAGAGAGCGGGGCCAUGGAGGGCGAGACGCUGCGCUCCUUCUACACGCAGCUGGUGCUGUUGCCCAAGGUGCUGCACUACGCGCAGUACGUGCUCCUCGGCCUGGGCUGCGUGCUGCUGCUCGUCCCCGUCGUCUACCAGGUCCGGAGCCAGGGUCCCAAGGAUGGCGGGAGGCGGCCGAGCCUGGCCGCCGGGCCGGAGCAGCCCCCCAGCCCCCACACCCCGCUCCUGCAGGACGCUCUCCAGGGGCAGCCCGCCAGCCCCCAGGCCUGAGCCCCGCUGGCCGCGCCCGCGCGCACCUGCACAGGUGUGUGCGACACUCUCAGGGACGGAGCUGCUGCUGAGGGGACUCGGGGAGAGGCUCUCGCCAACAAGCACUGUACUGGAACCUUCUUUCCACGUGACCCCCGGCCUGACCACGGGUGCCGUGGGCCCUGCGUCCCCUCCCUUGGGAGAGCCGGGCCGUUAGCCACCGGGCCUGGGCUCGACGACUCCUGCCACCUCUCGGGGUUUCCCUUCCCACCAAGACAGAGCCCUGCAGCCCUGGCCUGGUGGUGGCUCGCCCACCGGGACGGGCCCCUCACUCCCGGGGUCGGGCGCUGUCCUGGAGGCCCGGGCUGGGCGGGCAGGGGCCUGGCACUCAGCGAGCUCCAGCCACGGCCUGCCCGCCUGGGCCCGGGAUGCCCCGGGCAGCUGCUCCCACGGCCUCCGCACCUCUGCCGGGCCUGGGGUGCCCUGAGGUCCGCACGGGCCCUGGGUCUGAUGUCAGAGCCCUUUUCCACCAGCCUAAACCGACACGGUCCUGGACACUGAGCCGGCCGCUCCCUGGCUGAGGGGGCAGCAAGCUGUGCCCCGGGCUGCCCCGGCCAGGGUCCCUCAGAUUUUAGGUGCCAGCGUGGAGGUGGGGAGGCCUUGGGGGCCGUGGGUGGGGUGUCUCCCCUGGGGUGGGGGGCGACCCGCUGCCCUGCGCUCCUGGAUCCUGGGGCAAGCCCCUGCUGCCCGUCUCUACUGGAAGAGAAAUGAAUUUUAUCAUCUUUUCAAAAUGAUUCACUAUUAAAAUAAUAAACCUUUAAAAAAAAGA